GUCUCCCACAUUUCUCUCCCAUACUUAAAACACCACCAUCACAAUGGCCACCAAGGUUGGAAUCAACGGCUUCGGUCGUAUCGGUCGUAUUGUCUUCCGUAACGCCGUCUCUCGCGACGACGUCGAGGUUGUUGCCGUCAACGACCCCUUCAUCGAGGUCCACUAUGCUGCCUACAUGCUCAAGUACGACAGCACCCACGGCCGGUUCCAGGGUACCGUCGAGACCUACGACCAGGGCCUGGUUGUCAACGGCAAGAAGGUUCAGUUCUUCGCCGAGAAGGACCCCGCUGCCAUCCCCUGGGGCAAGGCCGGUGCUUCCUACAUCGUCGAGUCCACCGGUGUCUUCACCACCACCGAGAAGGCCGGCGCUCACUUGAAGGGCGGUGCCAAGAAGGUUGUCAUCUCCGCUCCCUCCGCCGACGCCCCCAUGUUCGUCAUGGGUGUCAACCACGAGAGCUACAAGACCGACGUCAACGUCCUCUCCAACGCCUCUUGCACCACCAACUGCUUGGCUCCCCUCGCCAAGGUCAUCAACGACCAGUUCGGUAUCGUUGAGGGUCUCAUGACCACCGUCCACUCCUACACCGCCACCCAGAAGGUUGUCGACGCUCCCUCCGGCAAGGACUGGAGAGGUGGCCGUACUGCCGCUCAGAACAUCAUCCCCAGCUCCACUGGUGCUGCCAAGGCUGUCGGCAAGGUCAUCCCCGCCCUCAACGGCAAGCUCACCGGUAUGGCCAUGCGUGUGCCUACCGCCAACGUCUCCGUUGUCGACCUGACCUGCCGCACCGAGAAGGCCGUCACCUACGACCAGAUCAAGGAGGCCAUCAAGACCGCCUCCGAGGGCCAGCUCAAGGGCAUCCUCGGAUACACUGAGGACGACAUCGUCUCUUCCGACCUGAACGGUGACAGCCACUCCUCCAUCUUCGAUGCCAAGGCCGGUAUCGCCCUUAACGAGCACUUCAUCAAGCUUGUCUCGUGGUACGACAACGAGUGGGGUUACUCCCGCCGUGUCGUCGACCUCAUCAGCUACAUCUCCAAGGUCGACGGCCAGUAG